AUGUCUGGCAAAGGAAAGGGUGGCCGCGGCAAGGGCAAGGCCUCUGGCAAGUCCACGUCCAAGGCGGCCAAGGCCGGCCUCCAGUUCCCGGUCGCGCGCCUCAACCGCUUCCUGAAGAAGGGCAAGUACGCGUCGCGCGUCGGCGUCGGCGCCGGCGUCUACAUGGGCGCGGUCCUCGAGUACCUCUGCGCGGAGAUCCUCGAGCUCGCGGGCAACGCCGCCCGCGACAACAAGAAGGCGCGCAUCGUGCCCCGCCACCUCCAGCUCGCCGUCCGCAACGACGAGGAGCUCAACAAGCUCCUCGGCUCGGUCACGAUCGCGUCCGGCGGCGUGCUCCCGAACAUCCACGCCGUGCUCCUCCCGAAGAAGGGCAAGGCCAAGACCUCGGGCUCGUCCCAGGAGUUCUAA